UCUCUCUCUUUGUGGCCUGACGGUUUCAACCCAAAACUAACUCAGCAUAGAGCACGUUCUCCAUGUUUCUGAAAACCUAGAAGAAGAAGUGGCGUUUUCCUCUUCAAAGCUGUGACAGACCAAGGAAGGAGGCUCAGUGCCGAGACAGGAGGCUCGUCCUGUCCACCCUCAGCCUCAGGCCAGGCGCGCUGGGAUCAGUUCUCUUCCUUGUCGACUCUUUGGCUUCAAUGGCAGCGGUGUGGACUCUAGUGCCGGCCCUGGCCCUGCUGGUGCCGGCCCUGCUGCAGCUGGCCCACUGCUCCGUCACCUCCAGACACACUGCAGGAGAUCCAGUGUUGGUGGACGCGCAGUCAGCGACCUCCUUCCUGUCCCGCUCGCUGCUCUACAACAGCUGGGACUUUGAGCUGGUGGUGGCUGACAAUCUGGAGAGGGAGUGCGUGGAAGAGAAGUGCAGCUACGAGGAGGCCAGGGAGGUGUUCGAGGACGACACUCAGACGGAAUUAUUUUGGACCAAAUAUGUCAACAGUCAAGAGCAUGCACCCAGAGUGGAUGUGUCGGGGCUGGUGGCAGGGAUCCUGGCCGUCCUAGUGUCUGCUGUUAUUGCCACUGUGCUGGGAAUCUACUGCUACAAAGCCAAGAACAAGGCUGGACGGAGGUCAGCCCAAGCUCCGGUGAGGAUGGCAGCAGAUGGAGGUCCAGCCCCAGAGACGGUGCCCCUGGCUGGGAUCAUCGUCCCAGCUCUACCCAGCUACAAUGAGGCUCUCAACAGCAGUGGGCAGCACGAUGCCCCACCACCACCUUACUCAGGGGGUGCGCCAUCAGAGCCCGCUGAUCCAGGAGACGACGAAUGAGGGGGCUGGCAGAGCCUCUUCUGGAUGGGCACUGGUGGUUUGGGUGAACUUUUAAAUAUUGCAUCUUGUUUGAUAUCCUGUAUUUAUGAGUGAAGUUAGGACACUGCUGACAGUAUGAUCUGCGUGUUGGCUGGCCAGUAGUCCGUCCACUACAGAUGUGAUGCUUUAGGGGGGGGGGGGCAGCGGAGGGUGGGGAGUAUUUUUGUGGUUGCACUGUACCCUGUGUUGUGUUUGUAAGGUACUUCUGAGCAGUGCAACAGAAGACAAUCAAUUCAUAUUGGUUCAGACAUGUUUAUAUAAUAAAUGCCAUAAGAAUUA